AUGGCGCUUCGGACAGUUUGCACGAGGAUACCGCGGUCCCUCGCGGUGGCCAGUUGGCGCAUUGCUCGGCAGUUUCACCGCAAUUUCCUCACGAGGCCAGGGGCUCGCCACUGGCACUGGCGUCUCCCUUCUGAGCCGUCGCUGCAGCUUCUGCCGUGCUGCAGCGCCGCCGUGGAUGCCUUGGAGUGCGGCAAAGGCGGCGGUGCGGGCGACAUGGACGUGCUGCUCAUGGCCGCCGGCACUCUCGGCGACGUGCUGCCGUUCCUCGCGCUCGCCAUGCACCUCGCCGUGCGAUACGGCCACCGAGUCAGGCUGGCAAGCCAUGCGGACUACGGCCCUCUUGUGCUGCAGUGCAUGGAGCGUAUGGCGCAUGGCAGCGAAGCAGGGGAGCAGCAGGGGCGAGGGGGAGAUGGAGGCCAAGGAGAAAUGGAGGGAGGCGAGGAGGGAGUUGAAGAGGAAGGGGAAAAGGGGGGUGUUUUGGGUAGCAGCAUAACGGACGAGGGAUCUGAAGAGAGGAUGGGGAUGGAGAGCAGUGUGGGGGAGAGGGCGUGGGGGCGAGGCGAGAUGGAUUUCUACCCGCUUGCAGGCGACCCUACUGCCCUCAGCACGUUGAUGGUGAGGAACGGCGGCGUGUUCCCUAGGAGCUUCUCGGAGCUGCGUCUGCUGCGGCAGCAGUACCGAGCCAUCCUGGAGUCCACGUGGCCUGCCUGCACUGCUGCCUUCCCGCACCCUGCAGGGGCACCCAGCACAGGGCGCGUCUCAUCUCCUUUUCCUCAGUCUCCAUCACCCUCCCCUCUCCAUAUCCUCUCUUCCCCCCCUUCCGUCCCGCACAUCUCUCCCCCUCCUGCCAGCCCCACAGCAGCAUACGCACAUCCGUUCGCCCCCUCGGCGCUGCGCUCGCUGGCGUACCUGUCGCCGGCAAUCCUGCGGGGGCAGCUGCACCGCGGGUCGUACAGGCUGGUGGAGGCCUUUGUGGGUGCAGGCGUCAUGGAUAUCACCAACCAGGUCAGCACUGCACCACGGCACCCGGGCGCUAUGGGGGUGCACCCAUCUACUCUACCACUUUCUCUCCGCAUCAAAUCCCUUCUCCUUGUCUUCCUCUCUGCUUGCCGUGCCCUCGCUUCCGUUCCGUCCCCACGUCCCCCCCCCCCCUCCCCCAUUCCGUGUCUUUCCCCUGAUUUUUGCCCUGCUCUGAUUGUCUUCCUCCUCACUCCCUCCCCUCUAUCCGCCACCCUGCAGUUCCGCACGCGCACCCUCCACCUGGACCCUCUCUUCCUCACGGACCGUCCCUUCUCCCACCUGCUGCGCCUGCCCAUCCCCUUCUCCUUCUCCUGGAGCCCUCUCCUCGCGCCCAAGCCAAGUGAUUGGAGCGACCUGGUGGACGUGGUGGGGUUCAUUCACCCCCCGCUGCAUCAUGCACCGAGCGCUAGAGCAGCCAGUGCCGCAUCCCCAGCAACACCAUCCCCAUCGCCAUCUGAAGGCGAGGCUCGUGACACAGCACCAUCGCCUGAAUCGCCAGCGCUACCUGCAUUAGAGGAGGAGGCAGCAAGGCCUGCAGCAGCAGCAGCAGUAGCAGCAGCAGAAGGCGAAGCAGGAGAGGCAGAGGAGCAAUGGGAACACAAACCAGCACCCGCAUGCGAUCCAACCCCGCCGUCACCGCCGUCCUUCCACCCUUCGCCCGCCCUCGUGUCCUUCCUUGCUGAGGGCCCUGCGCCGCUCUUCCUGGCGUAUGGCAGCAUGCAGCUGAGCAAACCGUGCUACGUGGCGUGCUGUGUGCUCAAGGCCGUGGCCCUGCUGGGCGUGCGAGCCAUCAUUGGCAGCGCCGCCAUUCGCCAGCACCGCUGCUGCUCCUCCUCACACUGCCUCGUGGCUGCAGGACGCACCCGCAAAAGGGGAAAGGGAGAUGCAGGUGUGGGCAGGAGUGGUGAGGAGGGGCGAGGGAAGAAAGGGAGGAAGGGUGGGCGAGGCAGGCAUGCGGAGAGGAGUGUGGAAGGAGGGACAACAGGAGGGAGUGUGGAGGGCGGAGGUACUCAGGAGGGAGCGGAGGAGGAGGGUGGGGGUGGGGAGGGAGGAGGAGAGGGCGAGAGUGAGGUGGUGCAGCAAGGGAGUGUGCUGUUUGUGGGGUCCGUGGCUCAUGACUGGCUCUUUCCGCACUGCUCUGCCACGCCUGGGUGUGGCCCCGCCUGCUCUGCCCAUCCACCGCAUCUCCCCUCGCCGCCUCCUCUCCUCGCUGCGCCUGCUGCUGCAGCCCCCUCUCAAGGAGCGUGCCAUGCAGCUCAAGAACAGCUUUCUUCUCGAGUACGUGCCCCCUCUCCAACACCACCCCACUUCCUGUUCUUCCAACUGCCCUCCGCCCCCACCUUUCCCCCCUCUUAUCUUGCGCAACUCUGCCGUGCCUGCCCCCCUCUCCCACGCAUCUGUGCACUCAACCACAAGCUCCGCAGCAAGUUACACACCAAGUUGCUGCCUGCUCUCACGUGUCCCAACCCCCUGCUCACCCAUCUGCUCCUUUCCCCCCCAUGCUGCCCUCUCACGUCACGCAGGGGCGAUGGGCUGCUGCGAGCAGCUGACUCCUUCCACCUGCACCUGCCACCUCGCCUGCACCGCUUGCUGCAGGAGGGGCAAGAAGGGGCGGACAGCAUGCCUGUAGGCAGCAGAGCGUCAGAUGUGGUAGAGCGAGAGCUGUGUGGCAGAGCAGUACCAUGGGGAGGAGGAGAGCUUGAAGGAGUACAUGAGAGCUGCGUAGGUAGCUCUCAGCAGCAGAAAAAGCAGGGGGUUGCUGGACAGGUGAUGGAGGAGAAGGUGAGGGGACACACAGUGCAGCAGGAAGCAGAGACCAGUGAGGUGGAGGGAUUGCCUAGGAGGAGGCGAUUCUGGGGCAAGAAUUGGGUGGUUGGCAAGUGGAAAAGGCAUCAGGAGCAGCCUUGUCACUCGCAGGUGAACUCUUUGCCUUUGCCUGUGAUAUUCAACGCGCUUUCAUGCUUGCCAGCCAGUAAAUAG